AUGGGUGCGGUGAAGGUUGGCCAGCAGACGGGCGCGCGGGCGGCCUGCUCUUAUGGCGGCCGUGGUGAGUCGCGGCCGUGCGUUUGCUGCAGACGGCGGCACGCUGCAGAGUCAUUCACACGGCGGCUGCACGCUCUCUUCCCGCAGCUCGCUCGAUCUGGCCCACGUGGUAUUGGGUGGCCGCGUCAGGUGGAUGCAUGUUGGAAUGCAGCAGAAGUGGGCCGUGCGCGGUGGAAUAUGGCAACCUCCGGCGAGGACUCUCCAGCGCUGCAUCCUCCAGCGCUGCAUCCUCGCCUCUCUUCACAGAAUGGCGUGAUGGGGGAAGGUUUGCCGGGCCCGCGCGGCAGAUGCCGUCCAGCCACACCACUCAGCGCCAUGUCGUGCCGCCUCACCGCCUCACCGCAACACCCUCGUCGCCUACUUUCGGACUCGCGUGCUCUCCGGAUCAUCUUCAGGGACAACUUUUUCUGCCACGCCAGGGGAGGCCUGCGGGUCACGUCUGCCGAACCGCUGCUCCGGGCUUGUGGCGGACGCUUGACAGGCGUUCGGUCUUGCGGGAGCUACGAUCGCUGCACAACUGAACAUGAGCAUCACACGCAGCCAGAGGAAAUGCGGAAAGAUGUGCGCUCCCAAUGCACUCUUUCCCAUAUUCCAACCGUGGUUCCCUUCGCACCAAGUCCAAGUGGCAAUAAAGCCUCAGAAAGCGGAUACAGGAGACGUCAGGAUGAGAGCUACGGCAGAUGCCCCUCCAUGAGCAGGUUUCUUCGCCUCAAAAUGUCUCAAUCCGCUGAGGAAGAUGCAAAAUCCCCUCAAUACGUGAAUGAUGCAAGCAACGUGGCGCGUUCAGAGUUGGCGCAUGUGGCGCGAGGCUUCAUCACCUUACCAUCUAGACGGGUCCUGCCGCUGCUGCGUCGUCAGCCAUUUCCAUGUGCAAAGCGACCUGAGAUCAGAUUGCCGUCCUACUUCAGCUCAAGCUGCCCUGCGCUCGCCACGCGUAAUUGGCCAAGUAAUGGUCAGCUGUGCAGGCAAUCUUUGACGGUCAAGCACUCCAGAAAAACCAAGCGUAACUACUCCGUCCUUACAGAAGAGAUCAACGUCAUCAUUGCUCAAUGCUUACCGCCAACGGCAACAGGCCUGUCGGAGUAUCCGGUCGUAUGGGGGUCCCAUACUUGUCGUAGAUCUUGUGCGCAUCCAUCUUCGAGAUCAAUCUCGAUCCCCCUGUACGCGAGACCACACGAUCUUGAUCGGCUUCAUGCAUUCGACGGCAUUGUAGUUAGCACGGGCUUUGUAAGCUUACGUAUGCAGAAAUGCUCUAGACGCGCCAUCCCAGUUGCAUUAGUAGCCGCAGACAGGGGCAUCCUCGAGGUAGGAUUCCGAUACUUGACCCCCACAAGUGUAUUUUCGGCUCUAUUCCUUUUGCGUUCGAACCGAGUCAAAAGCGUUCCAGCCGAGUCAAAAGCGUUCCAGCCGAGUCAAAAGCGCUCGAGACUAAAACAACCAAUACAGUAUUCAGCUUGCUGCACGAGGCACAUAGGGUUUCGCUUCUCUGUAUCCAAGCUAUUCUACCGAGGGCCGGUCAGCCCUGGGGUAAAAAUUCCCAACGAACGGGACCGCAUACCCUCAGAAUGCUUCAGAUUCUGCCCUUCCAACAAAAUGUGCCGAGGCUUCACGCGUUGCCCUAAGCUUUGCUGCGCCGAUCUAAGAGGCACCUUCAAUUUCGACCUCGUAUCGGUGGAUGCUGGAUAUGGACGAGCCCCGACAAGAUCGACCACACCCUGGUCUCCGAUCCACAUUCGUAUCGAGGCCGCGCUUCCUUCAAGUAGUAGUGACAUAAGGAAUCAUCCAAUCAGCGCUCAGGAUCCUAACGUCGAGAGAAUCCAGCAUGUUCAAAAGUACGGACCUGGUUGGAAGAGUUCUGAGACCUAUUUGACCAAGAAGCCAAGGAUCCUAUUUUUCGUAAUACGCAUUCCCGUCUUUCUGAUUGGGCUGACAGCAUGCGCAACGACCAACACCAAGAAACUCACUCCUGCAAAGCCCGGAUUCUGGCUAGAUUAUUCCACCGAAAAGCAUGGACAAUGA